GCCAUAUUCUUUGGCAGCUCCAGUUAUGGGGGCAAAUUUUCUAAACAGUUUGGAAAUUUAGAUUUUGAUUGUCGUGCCUGGUUGUUUGAAUUAUUUAAUUCAGAAGGAACCUUGUUCAACAAAAAAUUUAAAAGUAGGCAGGUAGAAGUACGAGUAUUAGGCCAAAAAAUGGGGCUAUAUGAAGUACAAGUGGAGAAAACUAGAAUCCCAACUCUAUCCAGAAAAUAAAUUUUCAUUAAAAAUAACCUCUAAUUCUUUUUCAUAAUUUAUCCAAUUCCUUCCCCUAAUUCCACAAAAUAGAGCAAUUAUAUAUUUGUGUGCAUGUGUUAUAGCCGUUGGCCUUUUUUCUCUUUUUGUUGCCGCCUCGUUAUUAUCCCUUUAAAUGCUUGUUAUCGUUCUUAUGUGCCAGGUGGAGAUUGUGGUAGUUAUUGGGAAAGAAGGUCCUUAUCCGGUCUUGUCCACCUUUUCUUUCCUCAUUGACCAUUAGAAAGGAUAAAGGGCGGGGCCAAAGACCGUUAUUUGCCGGUUGGUCUUUCUGGUUUAAAUUAGGUCUUCACUAUAUUUUCACACAAAUUGUUUAUUUAAAACGAUUUUCC